AUAGGUGUCGUUUUUGUCGCCAAACAGGUCCUAACUUCUAAGAAUUUGGCUUAGCAUCAAUGCGGAAAAUAAUUGGCUUUCGGUAUGUUUGGAGAGACACAGGGUCACCUUUUCAAGCAUGGAAAUUUCUUUGGGAUAAGGCGAUUUGAUUGAUAAAAAGAGAUUCUAAUUCUAUUUUCAUCUGGAAGCUGAAGGAUUUUCUGUUAUGGAAGUCAAGGGAGGAGAAAAAGAGAGUCAGACGGUGGACAGUACAAACAAGGGAAGCGACGGUUCCUCUGUUGGGAUUAAGUUUCUGUUCUUUGCAAGAGCUCGGGAUCUUACAGGCGGCCUCACUGAUAUGCCAAUGGAGGUGCCAUCGGGUAGCACAGCCCAUGACUGUCUGAAUAAGCUUGUUGCCAAAUUCCCGAGAUUGGAGGAGAUUCGUGGAUGCAUGGUCCUGGCAUUGAACGAGGAGUACACACCUGAGUCCACGGUUGUUAAGGACCGAGACGAAUUGGCCAUCAUACCUCCAAUAAGUGGAGGCUAAUUCUCUUCUCCACCAAUCUUUCGAGCUGUCUAAAAUUCAUGCAAAGGGAAGUUUCCUUGUGCCUUGUUGUGCAAACCUGUCCAAAUAUUCAAAAACUUUCAUGAAUAAUCCUUGAGUUUCUCGUUAAGGGUGUCUCUUGAAAUCAUUUUACCUUCGAGAACUGAGUCAUUAAUGGAAAGAUUUGAUGAAGAAAUGCCAAUCCCAUUGUCAAAAUGGGUUCAUUUUC